UACUGCUGAAGUGAGUACAAUUUAUUUGUUGAACUUUGAAUUUCCAACUUAUCCCCGAUGCAAAUUUCAGGUUGCCUUCACCGAACAAAAAAAAAUGUGUAGAGUGGAAAGCCCAGCGCCAGUGACAUACAAAUGUCGCCACACAAAGUUGAUUCCUCAACAGCCUCGAGUGUACAUGUGUGAUGCUGCAGAUCGACGAGGCUUUCCAUGCAAAACUCCUGAACAGACUUCGAAGGGAUCAUGCCACAAUCGACUUUUUGAUUGCCCGAAUUGCAUGGAGAAGAAGAAACGAGAUGCUAAGAAGGAUGGCAAAGGUCCCAGCAGUGGUGUGAUUGGACCGAUUUCAAGCAAAACUGGCACUUCCAUUACCAUUGAAGCUUAAAACAGCAUGGUACUUCACCCAUCCCUAAUUUAUAAUAGCUGGUUGGCAAUGGUGUGCUUUCUAGAAGAACUACGGUCUGUAAGGGGAUUGAGCUACCCUAUUGAUAUAAUUUAUGUUUGACUAUAAGAUGCUGGCAAGAACUGCUAAUCUCAAUGGAAUGAUUAAUAAGCUAAAGAUAGUUAUUCAGCUGUC